AUGCCGUACACUGGGCCCGUGGUUGACACGCACCACCACUUCUGGGACCUGGAGCGGUUCGGGGACCACUACAAAUGGAUCAACAACAUCCCUGCAGAUGCCAAGGACGCGGGCCUGAAGCGGUCAUAUCUGCUGCCAGACUUUGAGCGGGACAUUCAGGACUUGAAUGUCACCAAGUCCGUCCAUGUGCAGGGCGAGUGGCGUGGAGACGAGGUGGAGGAGACAAGAUGGCUUGAUGGCAUUGCAGAGGACGUUGAUAACAGUGCCGGGUUUCCGCAUGCCAUUGUGGGCUACGCCAACUUUGACAGCCCAGACGUCGAGAAUCAGCUGCAAGAGCAUGCAAAGAGCCCGCGGUUCAGAGGGGUUAGGCAGUUGUUGAACUGGCACGAGGACGAGUCGAAGAGAGCAGCAGAGCGCGACUACCUCAGCGAUCCAGAGUGGCGGGAGCGUAUCGGGCUGCUCGCCAAGUACAACCUCUUGUUCGAGCUGCACCUGUAUCCGCACCAGAUGGCACAGGCGUCGGCGCUGUGCAAACAGCACCCUACGAUCCCGUUUGUGCUUGAUCACAUUGGUUGCCCCAUUGAGCGGGAUGGUCCUGGCUACGAUUCCUGGCUCCACAGCAUGAAGGACCUUGCUUCCAAUGCCAACGCAUACUGCAAGAUCUCGGGCCUCAUUCACCCAAUGCACACAAGCAAAGGGGGUUGGAGUGCCGAGACGUUGCGUCCUUGGAUCAAGGGGACCUUGGAGGCCUUUGGAACAGACCGUUGCUUGUUUGGCUCCAAUUUCCCUGUGGACGGCGUGUGUGGAUCCUACAAGCAAGUGCUUGAUGCCGUGAAGGCCUGCUUGGAUGAGCUUGGUGUGAGCGCAAGCGACCAGCACAGCAUCUUUUAUGCCAACGCUAGAUCCACACACAGACGCACCGCAGAGAUGGCUGACGUUCAGAAGAGGAAGCGCGCUUUCCGCAAGUUCACCUUCCGUGGUAUUGAGGUCGAGCAGCUCCUUGACCUCAGCCAUGACCAGCUCCUGGACCUCCUCAACUGCCGUGCCCGCCGCAAGCUGAAGCGCGGUCUCAAGCGCAAGCCCCUCAGCCUUCUCAAGAAGCUCAGGAAGGUCAAGAAGGAGACCCCCGAGGGCGAGAAGCCCGCUCCCGUCAAGACACACCUGCGUAACAUGAUCAUCCUCCCCGAGAUGAUUGGCAGCAUUGUUGGCGUGUACAACGGCAAGACCUUCAACCAAGUCGAGAUCCGGACUGACAUGGUUGGCCACUACCUUGGCGAGUUCUCCAUCUCCUACAAGCCUGUGCGCCACGGUCGCCCCGGUAUCGGUGCCACUAACUCCUCCCGCUUCAUCCCUCUCAAGUGA